AAAAAAAAAGUCAGAUGUUCCAAUAUGUCUACCACAGCCUUAAGAAAAACAUUCCUGUACCACGUAUUGCAAGCUCAGGUGCACGGAAUGCCUCGGGAAGUAAUAUGUUAGUGAAGGACAGUACUCCGUCACGCAAAGAUGGGGUACAAAUCGGAUUGGGUGUUCCCUACGUUAAAACAAACUUCAGUUUUGUGGAACAUCGCCAGCACGAUAACGUUCGCUGCCGUCGGACUUUUUAGCAAAAUUUUAAUGGAGUGGCUCAACACGACGACGGUGUACAACAAGGGGGUGAUAGACAGAGCCAUUGACGGCCGGCCGCGUCACGUGCCGCUCGUCACCAUCUCCAACCAUUACUCCUGCUUCGACGACCCGGGACUCUGGGGAACACUCAGCAUGAAGCAGCUGACCAACCAAAAGAGGAUACGCUGGUCUCUUGCUGCUCAUGACAUCUGCUUCACCAAUGUGUUCCACUCGUACUUCUUCGCCCUGGGCAAGUGCGUUCCUGUGGUGCGUGGCCGUGGCGUGUACCAGAAGGCACUGGACUUCUGCCUCGCCAAGCUCCAGGCGGGAGACUGGGUGCACAUCUUCCCGGAGGGUCGUGUCAACGAGAGCAAGGAGCUGCUGCGCUUCAAGUGGGGCGUGGGGCGGCUCAUCUACGAGUCUCCGGUGCUGCCCAUCGUGGUGCCCAUGUGGCACAUCGGCAUGGAUUCCAUCCUCCCCAACGACCCCCCCUACAUUCUGCACGUGCACAACCGCAUCACGCUCAACUACGGCCGCCCCAUCGAGCUGGCCGACCUGGUGACAAGCCUCAGGGCCACCAACGCGACCACUCGCGAGGCUCGCAAGGCCAUCACGGACCGGCUGCAGCACGAGCUCAUGAUGCUCAAGGCCGAGACAGAGAAGCUGCACGCCAUUGGUGCUCCCUCCUGACGGCUCAUCCUGUCACCAUUGUGUUUGUGAUAUCCGUUCAUUCGUUUCAUCCUGGCCCAUUAUGUCUCUGCAAUUUCUUGUACGUUCAAGAUCACCAAGAUGUGCUCGUGAGUCAGGGCUAGGCCCUAAUGUUUAUCUUAAAAGUAACAAUUCUUUGCCUGAAUGAUUUGGAACCCACUUUAAUUUUAGAUUGUUUAAUGCAUUUAGCUUGCUGUGUGCUAUUUUUAAUUUUAGCCUUUCAAUUUUUUGUAUAUGUGUAAAUCAUGUUUGUCAUAUUCUACAGGACAGUUUAACUGAGAAUAUUAUUUUAUCUUGAGACUACGAAAGCAUAAUGUGAAGUAUGUCUUGUUUAGUUUUCCUUAAGCAUCCAUAAGUUCCCUGAGAGGUAAAGGUGUAUGAUAGGUAUCCUGUACAGUUAUGAUCAAAGAGCCUUUGCCUUUUACUAAUGUAUAGUGUCUGUAAAGCCACAGCGUUUGCUUACUUAUCAAUGGUGGUGUACUUAUUCUUGGUGCUGAUCUCAACCAUUUUAUGUUUUUCAAGAUUUUGACAAAGCUGGGUGUUGUGUACAUCUUUUGUAUUUAGUUCUAAUAAUAUGUUUUAUAGGUUUAUUCAUGGUUUUAUAUUGUCAUCCUUUACCUUUUUCUGAUGUUUUGUUAUUUUCUUCUAUUGUAUUUUCUGAAAGGAAAGUUAUGCUAAUUUGAAGAGAUUGAGCUGCAACUUGUCGUACUUAACAGGUCAUUUUUUGUGUCAAUUCUUAUUUUGCUUUUGCAUGCUUCUUGUGCACUUGGUAGAACUAAGAUGUGUUGAACGUCGUCCAAAGCACGGUAGAAUAGUGAUGAAGGGCAUGCUUAACUUAUUAUUGUAUUUGUAUUAAUUUUUCCACUGCAUAAUUUUAAGAAAAAUUAUUUAAACUGAUCACCCUCCAUAUUUUGAAAAUGCUUGUUAACUAGUUCCAGACUGAACACUUCCCCUCAGCUUUUUGCAGUCAAACUAAAUCUUAUCACUUGAAAUGGUUGCAUCUGGAAGUGGUGCCAGGCAGGUCAUUGAGGGGGUUGUUGGUUAUAUCAUAUUUGGUGAUGAGCAAGUCGUUGAGGGGGUUGUAGUUCUUUAUUUUGUGCCAGGCGGGUCGUUAAGAGGUGGUUCUUUCUUGUGUGGUCCCAAACAUGUUGUUGGUCUGGUUUUUUCUUGUGUGUUGCUAGGCAGGUCAUUGAAGUGGUGGUAGUUCAUGUCUUGCCAAACAGGUCAUUGAGGAGGUGGUUCUUCCUCGUGAAGUGCUGGACAGUUUGUUGAGGGAAUGGUAAUGUGGUGGUUCUUUGUGUCAUGCUGGGCAGAUCAUUCGCGUGGUUAUUUCUUGUGUGAUCCAGAGCAGGUCGUUGAGGUGUGGUUCUUUCUUUCUCGUGUGGUGUAGGUCAGGCCGUUGAGGGUGUGAUAGUUCCUCGUGUGGUGCACACAAGUCAUUGGAGGGGUGGUUUUUUCUUGUGUGGUGUCAGGCAAGUCGUUGAGUUGUGAUUCCUUUUCGUGUGGUGUCAGGUAGUUGUUGAGGGUGUGGUAGUUUUUCAUUACUUGCCAAACAGGUCGUUGAUGUGUGGUUCUUUCUUGUGUGGUGCUGGGGAGGUUGUUCAGGGGAUGAUUCUUACUAGUGUGGUGCCGAGCAGGUUGUUAAAGGAAUGGUAUUUAUUUAUGUGAUACCGAUCAGGUCGUUUAGGGGGUGGUUCUUUCUCGUGUGGUCAAGGGCAGGUCAAUGAGGUGGUGGUUCUUGCUCGUGAAGUGACGGCAGGUCAUUUAGGUGUGGUUCUUUCUCAUGUGGUGCCAUGAAUGUCAAUGAGGGGUGGCUCUUCCUAGUGUAACUCACCUUGUGUUCUGAAAUUAAAAGACAUUAGAAUGACCAUAGAAAAACUGGGUACAAGUAUACAUCCAUGAGGACCAGCUGCUAUAAUGGAUCUAUGUAAGAGCUCGGCAAGUUGCACAGGAACGUAAGUCAGUGAAACUCCAAUCGUAGGACUGUUUAAACCCCACUGUGAACAAAAGGCCACAGUGGACAAGUUAAUCGAGACAUCCAGAAAAGGACCAAGGGGGAGGGGGUGUGAUAAAUGUCACAAGACAGAUAAUUUUCACUUACCAAGUGGGGUAGAAUACCAGACAUUAUUCCAUGGGGUUUGAGAAGUAAACACACACACUGCAAUAAAUUCCAUUAAGAUCCUAAGGCAAAUUUAAAUUCCGCAAAAAUACAUUGCUAUUGUUGGCAGGGAAGACACUCUCUAAUGCUUCGGAACUACAUCCCGGUUAUUAGGGGUUGAUCACCACAAGUUGCGCGAUCAAGAAUAUAUGGCGACUCUCCUGAUUAUUGGAAGAAUGUAUGAUUAAAUCCGGCGCUAGGGGCUUGGCACGUAAGGUAAAGGGAAACUGCCUUCAGAUUGGCCAGCAAGGCAGGCCGGGAGGGGCCUCAAAUAAAGAAUAAAAAACUAUGCUGGAGUCGCACUGUUAGCAUACCAAGCAGGGCAACCAAGGAUGGUCGAGUGGUGAGUGGUGCAAUCCUACGAGUGACAGAAUCACUAUCUCGGGAAGCUUCUCGCAACUACCGCGAGAGUGUGCACCUUGGCAUGAGUGCUAGACUAGGAAGUGGGCAAAGCGAGGGUUGCUCUCUGGGGAGCAGGAAGGGAAUUAAUUAGGAUGUAAGUUUAGAUUCAAGGUUGCUACGGUCAGGGAAAACCGGGAAAAAUCAGGGAAAUCAACAAUAUUUCUGGAAUUUACUGCACAUACUCAGAGUAUAUUUCAGUAAUAUAUUUGUAAAAAAAAUCAGUUAUUUUCAGUAAUUAACAAAUUACCUAUUACACCAUUAACGACAAAAUUGUACACAAGAAAACCACACACAAACUUAUAGCACUAGAAAUAUAAAAAAUUCAGCUAAACCAAAUAGGCCUACUUAGAGAGUUCAAUUUAACUCACCUAUUUGAGCAGAUGAAUGUAAUUUUCAACUUAGUCCUAAUAGUUUAUGUACAAUUUCAAUUUUCAUAUAUAGUAACUUCACAUCAGUUCAAAUGGCGUGCACAUGGAUGCCCUCUUUUUUCACACACGGGAUAAGGGAUAAGGCUAAGUCUGUCAAAUCAAUAUUCUUAUAAUGUUUCAACAACAUGUGUAAAAUUAUAUACAGUUAAAAUUUGAUGUCCCAAGAAUUUCACUCAAUUAUGGUGACUUUUGCAACAUUUUGUUAGUUGCUUUUUUUGCUCGAACAAGCAGUUCUGUGCUGAAUUUUUGUUCGUAACAUACUAUUCCACUAGCCAUCAUGUGAACUUUUUGUAUGAUUAACGACUCUUAACAAUUUGGACCCUAAUGUAGAACGGAAUUCUGUUUUGUUCUUCCUGACUAUGCUGAAUAUUCUUUCACAAAAGAGGAAUGCACAAAACUGCUAACAUUACUUUUGGGACAACACUGAACUUAGGCGCACCAUCAGCAGUUUUCAUAUUCAUGAUUAAAUGCCAUGAAACAUCCAUUCUGUCACUAUUGAGAAUUUUUGGAGGGAGGUUCUCUGCUUGAUACCUGGCAAACUCAAGUUCCAAAUUGGACGUUUCCUCCUCACUUAGCAAGAAACUGAAUUUCUUACGGAAAAAUUCCACAGUCAUGUGUCAUGUUAUCACGCUGAUUAACAUCUGCAACUGCUGCAUGAAUCAAGAUUUCACUGUUGAGUGGAAAUUUGUCCACAUUGUAUUUACAGGCUGACUGAAAAUAUUUCCUGACACUGUUGUAGAAUACAGUAAUAUUUUCUUCACUUAGUCCUACACUACUGUCUUUCAUGUAGGACCUAGUUUCGAAGCCAAUCACAAGACUGUCGUUUUCUUUUUGUGAUUUUCUGUUGCAAUACUCUACUGCCAAGACACUGUCAGCAGUUCUGAUGGCUUCAGGCUUAAUAAAUCUUACAUACAGUUCACUUAGCAAAGAUAGGAGUUCACCACGAAGAACAUGAAUAAGUGGGUUCUCAUUCUGCAGCAAAACAUUAACCUUUGUGAACACUGGAACAGUACUCUGAAGAAAAAGACAGUACAACUUUGUAACUGGUGAAGAAAUAGCUUUUUUAAUCCUAUCAAAUCUACUAUUGGAGGAAACAGGCUUAAUCUUGCUGACUGCAAUCUUUUUUACUGGUCGGUCAUUGGUUGAACCAUGUUUCUUGCGUUUACUUGAUUUAGCAGACUGACUGCUGGAGGAUUUGUGGCUCGCAAUUUUUUCUUUUGAAAUCAGUUUUGUAGGUUCACUCGUUUUAGAUUUAGGACACAUUCCCAAUUUAUUAGAUGAUGUAGACGUAACACUUGCAACAAACUUACUAGAACUCACUGGAGUGGGAGUGGAAACAUAUUUUGGCGUACAUUUGUUUCAAGCUGAGUCAAAAGAAGACACUGAAACAGCCAACACAAUUGUUCAGUGACAGCCAUCUAGUGCUGGUAUGUUUCAAUAUUUUAUGGGUUGCUGCAUCACAAAGAACUUGACACUGUUUCAAUUUCUGAUGAUGCAGAGCACUUUUGUCCAAAUAAUAAUACAGAUCUAUCAAUAAAUCUUCAAUAGAAACAGGUAACUCUUUAGCUGCUUUCUGUGCAGCUAUAUGUAUUUAGUAAUAAAGGCAGCAGUUCCUUUAUGGAGGCCAGUCAUAGUGGAACAUUUAUCAGUAGCAAAGCAAAUGCAGUUGCUCCAUGAAAGGCCUUUAUUAUGCAGCUCUUCAUUUAGGAGUUUGAAAAUAUUUUCCCCAGUAUUUGACUUAACACAAACUGGAAGAGCCAAAACUUCAGGAACUAUUUUCCCUAAAUAAGAUCUGUAGGCUGUAACAACUAUCGGGUACAGAGUUUCCUCACCAGCAUGAUGACUACCGUCGGUAGCGAUACUAAAAGCUGACCUCACCGUAUUUCUCACGAUUUCCUCUUGGGAAGCCUCUGCAAGUGUCUGCAUUACAGCUGUAGUCUUGGUUCGUUCGCAGGAGUAUUUUUAAUAAUUUUUGAAUCGGGACACAUUGCCUUUAAUAACGUGCCCAUGUGGUCUGCUACGGCAAGCGGUAUGUUAUGUUCCACUAAAAACAUAGAAAAAAGCACUUCCGCAUUUGUUGUAGGAUCGACGGCAUCACUCUUAAAAAAAUUAGUUACAGGCUUGUUCAAAGUUUUCAAUUUAGAAAAUUCGACAUGUUUUUUGCUAUUUACGUGACGCCGGCAAUCGUUCUUCCCGCCAUGUUGUGUGCUAAAGUUACAUUUACACAAAUCACAAAAUACACGUUCUGAUACACUUGAGGCACUUAAAGAUGUCCAUAACUGAAAAUAUAUUGGACGGUAUUUCUGACCAGCUUUUGGUUUCGAAUUCAUUGUCGAAAUUUAGAAGUUUACGCGCACAUUUUACUUUAACUUCACUCGCUUGGCUAUCAAAAACAAACAGAACAGCAGCGCUACCGCAGCGGCGCAGCAUAGCAUUCCGCGGAAGAAGCAACUCGAGAUAAAACAAACGAAGCCGGGCGCAUGCGCUUGAGGCUGCUUCAGAGGAAUGGCUGUUGUUUUCGCCACACGCCACACUUCGGGUAGAUACGUUAAACCUAUUGUACAUCUUUGGGCAAAUGCUUGUUGGCUGACAGCAGUUGCCACUAACGGAAUGUUGUUAAAUCUAUGGCAAGUUGUGACGUCACGCAACUUGAACAAUAACAAGCACAGAUACGUAAACACUAAUGCUGAAAGUAAGAUUUGUGAUUUUGAAAAUAACAAAUUCCGUAGUUUUACAGGAGCAAUCGUAAUGCCGUAAUAAAGAACUAUUAUUCGUAUAAAUUAUGGAAAAUUCGUAGUACUUGGCACCUCUGCAUACUAUGCACAAAAAAACUUUUUGCAACGCUGUUAAAAUAUAAAAUAUUCAAGUUAUUUAAGAAAACGUGUUUGUUUCUCCUGUAAUUUUUUAUUUUGUCACGACAGACAAGACUGCAUUUAAAAAUGCACAAUUAGCCCAGUUAAAUAAGACCCUGACGUGGAAAAAAUUGUUGGAAAGCUGAAAAUCAUCUUAAAACCUUUGGUUGGCAUCCAAAUAGAGUAUCCUGAGUUUUCACCCUCACAGGUGGUGAGCUUAAGGAGGGGGGUGGAAAAAACUGUGAAAUUAUCGGACUUUUUGUGUUUUUCACACGUAACUCGAAAACGAUGCAUCUUAGGUUAAACUUAGCAGUAAGCAUAAUUAAAGUGUGUAUUAUUAUGCGUCGAAUAAGACCAUAAACGUCCAAAUCAGUUUAGUGGUUUCGCCGCAAUUGACAUUUUAAUAUUAGAAAUGUUUUCUAUAUUUGUAAAUAUUUUAAUUUUUCGCCUGGUUACCGUCAGAUAUGAUCUAAACCACCACUCAUAUCAACAAAAACCACAAAAUAAAGUUGUAGAGCAUUAAAGUCUAAGUUGAAUAGACACUUAAUUGCAAAAAUCAGCUUGAUUCUUUGCGAGAUAUGUCCGAUAAUCUGAAAUCCCAGUUAUCAUGAAAAUGUUGUGCCAACCACUCACCCCACCUCACCCCACCCUACUAUUUUAUAUAUAUAUAUAUAUAUAUAUAUAUAUAUAUAUAUAUAUAUAUAUAUGUGUGUGUGUGUGUGUUAGGGAUGUGCGAAAGUGACUUUUUCCACACGAAAUGAAAGUGAAAGAAAAUUUAUCAAGUUUCGCGAAAGUGAAACGAAAAUGAAUUUUUCUAUGAGAUAAAUAUAUUCUUAACGAAAGUUAAGCGAAAUUUUUUAAUUAACAAAGAAAAAAGUGCCCCAAAAUUUGCUCUUCAGUAAUAAAUUCUAUUACAUAAAUCAUUUUGGUACCUUUUGAUAUAUAUAUAUAUAUAAAUAUUAUUAUUUAAUAUAAUCAACAUCCGCCCUAGACCACACAACACAGCCCCAUGUCACUCGUAAAUUUCAAGAAUCAAUCCAGAUCUUUCAGCGCACAGACUAUUUCCUUUACAGUCGUAAUGUCGCAGUCUAUGAUAAUAUAUUUAUCAUGUGCAUGGUACUGAUGAAAAAAUAUGUGAAUACUGCAGAACGGCCGCCAUCUUGCACCACUGUCACACAUGGCUAGCUCAGGAAGCUGUAGACCAGGCAAGGGACAUGGUCAAAACAAAACAUAACAAAUGGUUGCUGCCAAGUGGUCAUUACACGCAGUGACUUGUUGACCUUUUUGUCUAAUUGGCUGUAUAUUAUGAGGAUUUUAUAUGCCAGUCAGAGUAUGUAAAAUUUAAAUAAAGCAGACGACAAUGUUUUUGUUUGGCUGUGCGCGAAUAAAAGUAGGUACGUUCUUUGUUUAUGUCUAUACAGUAAAUACUAAAUACUGUACUAACAGUUCUGGAAUGUAUGUUUUACGAAUAUAGUACCUACAUUACUGUUUGAAAGCAAAUGAAUCAGGUAAUUUUUCAAAUAUUGCAUGAUUUUGUUUUGAUACCUAGGCCUACUGUAAUCACGGUUGAAUUUUGUUUACUUUAUCUGCCAUGUUUGUUCAAAUUAUGAUUUUACCGUAUUUUCAUUAAUGUGAGUUUUUUUCAUCACCACGUAAAUUAAUCUUGAUGGAAAUCUUUUUUCUAAUUAAUGUCUUUAUAUGAUUUGCAUAUGUUAUUACAUUAUUAGUAAUAACAAGCAAAUCAUAUAAAGACAUUACAGUAGAAUCUCAGUGCUAAGUACUUACAGGUACCUCAAGUUUUUGUACUUAGUACUGAAACAUGCAUACAUAUCUUUACAAAGAGAAAAAAAAUAUAUAAAAAAUUGCUACAGGAGAGCCGCAAUGCCAUAUGUAUUAGCAACUGCGACUUGCUUUUUUCCCCUUGUCUAGUUCUCUGAGUAUAUCCACUUUUUCCUUAAGCGUGAAUUGCUUUCGUUUCUUUUUAUCUCCAGGUUCAUUCAUAUUGUAGCACAAAUACAAUGCGGUGUCUAAAUAACGUAACCUGAAAAUAAACUCAACAAUAACAUUAAACAAUCCCGGCACAGACAUCAAACAGUAUUUUUAGCGUAGCGUAACAAUUUUGUCUAAAUAAUUAAUACUUCUCUCAAACUUCCGUCUUUCGAUGUAUCGAAUGGUGUUGUGUUGCUCACGUCGCAUACUACGUACGGUAUAAUCUAUGGUUGUGCGCGCAACUGUUUGUUAACUUUGUUUUGAGAAUUUAGAGGUUAGAAAAUACGUUGCGGUGGUAUUUGUGUAUCUUUGUUCUACUACAUUAAUCAUUUAGCUGGAAAUUUAUUUACCAGUUUAAGUAAAUUUUGGUGUAGUAAUGCCACGCUACUAGUAGAAUUUUUACGUUAUAGUGAAAAUAUGAUACUUUAAACUGAAACCGUUUUGCAUGGCGAAGAUACGAUUUUUGGCAGGAACUUAAAAAAAAUUCGUUAAGUGAAAUAUACUUUAUAAUAAGGUACGUUAUUGUACCGGUAUUCUACUGUACAUUUUUAUUAAAUUACGAGUUCUUUUUCAACUAGAACAAACGGAACUUCGGUAAGCUAUUGAACUUUCGUUUGGCUCGAAAUAUUUCGCUAAAAACGAACUUCGACAGAUGAAAUUCUUACCGAAAUCGAAAAUGAAAGUAGCAAAAUUUCGAUUUCGGUAUCGGUAUACCGAACAUUCGCACAACCCUAAUAUGUGUGUGUGUGUGUGUGUGUGUACCUAAAAAAUGUGUUUUAUGAAUGAGGCUUGUUAUGGUUGACACAAAAAAGUAACUAUACUAAAUUCCCAAUUAUCCGUGUUAAUUGGGACCCACAAAUGCCCGGAUAAUUUAAAUCCAGUAAAAAACCCGGAUAAUUCGAUUCACGGUAAGGGCUCUGCCAUAUAUGAGGGCCGCACCAUAAAUUUGUCUCCAGUAGAAUUCUGAGCACAAUAUAAGUCUUUAUGAACUGUGUCACAGUUUAGUGGAACGUAAACACUAUGGCUCUGUGUCGCCAUGCGGUCUUACUCCGUCUGCUGUAGAGGCGGCAUUCACCGACUCUUCUUCCUUCCCUCCUUUUUUUAUUUAUUGUUUCUACCCUUCGCAGCAAGUAAUUCUUCCUCCCCCCCCCCCCCCAGUUUCUCCCCCACCCUCCCCCUUAUGCUCCACCUCUUUCUCGUGUGUCCAUUCGUCCAGCCGAAUGCCAGCCAGAUACAUCACUCAUCCGGCACCAGCUGGGCAGAUUGUCAGCUGGCGACACCGGGGAAACGAGAGACGGGAAGCAGCAGUCAGGUCAUUUCCCUCGGGUCUUAAUAGGUUGACUGCUGAGGGGGUGGGAGAUUAGAAGGGUCGGACCAGCUAUUUUACGCGGUAGUAGGGUGGUUUAAAAUAUAGACAGGCCAAGCAUAAAAAUGUGCCACCCUCGCCCCUUGGCGGAAGAGGAAAUGUCUUCUUAGGCGUCCAAAUAGCCCUCCAUCCCUUCCCCCCUUCACAACCCGCCCCACUUCACAUUAUUAGUCUUCACAGUAAGAAGAUCUGACAAAUUUUGGUCUGGCCUAUGGUCAGAUAUGGCCAUAGAACAGACCUUGAUGAAAUCUAUGAAAACGGAAGGAGGUGUAAGUCGCGGAAGAGGUGUAACGGACAGUGUUCUAAUGAAGUGGGUAUCGUCCAUGCCUGCAAUCUUGGAGAUAUGUCUACAGUUAGAAAAAUUUUGUGGGGUCACUUUCAGUACAGUAGAGCAACACGUGGAUGCCAGGCCAUCAAGGAUCACUAGAGAUGAGCUGGAUGUGUUGAAAUUUACUGAGUGGUUAUCAACACACGACCCUUUGCCGGAAGGAGAAUGCAUUAUGUCAAUAGGCACCGGAGUGGUGGGGGACGAUACGAUAAACUGUCACGAGGCAUACGAAAUUGGGCUGAAGGUCAUUAGACAAAUAAUUGGCAGCAAUUUCAAAGAUGUGAAAUUUCAAAGGAAAAUGCGAGUGACUCCAUUGAAAAGUUUCAACUCCAAAGUCACGAUCCAUGAACAAGAAGUGCCAGUCAAUCCUGACACAAUCUUCAGGAGGAUAUCUCUUUUCAUAAAGUUCAAUUCCGAUCUCAAAACAUACUUUGAAUUCGAAUUGGCACCCUACCCCCUUUCCAUAUUUGAUGAAUCAGGCAUGAGGAAAAUUCUAAAAUUCAUGUUAUAUGACUUAUAAAGCCCCUUGAGAGAUGAAGAUGAGGAAAAUCAUGAUUUGUAUGACCCAGUCUAUGUCAUUGAUGGAGGUUUUCUUUUGCACAGAGUUUCGGUAUCCGGUGCUCAGUCACGUUCGUCCGUCGUAGCCGGUCUGCCGCCGCAAAUACCUGUGCCUGGGAGGCGAGGACAUUGUUGAUGACGUCGACGUACUCCUUUGGGACACCGUGCUGAAGAUCCUCUAGGCGGAUGACUGACUGAGGGGGACUGGGGGGAACCUGGUGCAUGCCGUACACCGUCCAGUGCCCCCGGGUGCCGAAGUGCAUCCGGCCAGCUCGUACUUCCACGGUGGCGUCGACCUCGUACAGCCACGGGACCCCCAGGAUCAGCCCCUCGCGGAGCUCGGGGACCACCCAGGCCUCGAUGUGGCUAACGUGACCAACGAUGCUCAAUGUUACCUGAGUGAUGCCCCCUGCUGCGACGACGGCGUCCCUGGUGGCCAGCUGCACCAGCUCCCUCCGUGGCGUCACUGCCUCCGCUCUCACCAGGUGGGCCGCGAUGUAGGUACGGCUGGCGGCGGUGUCCACCAGGGCCAGCAUCUCCCGUCCGUUAGCGUGGACGGGAAUUCGCAGCAGCUCCUGCUCCUCGGGGCCGACCUGCCCCAGCUGUGCAGUCGUCUGUCCCCCACCGCCCCCGGCCUCCUGGCCGUCCGGGCGUGGGGAACUCGCGGCGAGGUCCGCGGCUUGCUCUGGCGCUGACGUGUUGACGUUCCGGUGGCCCACCUUGUCACUGACAGGUCGACGAGUCGACUGGUCCGGCCCCGGAAAAACCUCCGUCGGGGCCGCUGUGGUCCUGGCGGGAUCCAGUUGUCCCUGCACGGGAACUGCUGGCGGGAUGCCUGUGUUGAUGCUCCGGUUGCCCACCUCGCCGACGGCAUGUCGACGAGGCGGCUGGUCCAGCUCUGGUAUAACCGGCUUCGGGGCCGCGGUGGUUGUGACGGCAUUCGGCUGUCCCUGAGGUUGUCCUGGCGCGGGGACAGCUGACGAGGAGCAGGUCUGUUGCCCCUCGCUCCCUGGCGGCGUACGCGAUGUUGGUGUGGUAGGCGCCGGCGGUGGUCUACGAGUCCUGUCGGUUACUGGGUCUGCCGGUGGCUGGCGGGCCGGGGAGCGGCACCCAGUUGUCCCUCCGUCCCCGGUCCUGCGUUUCCCGCCUGCGACGUGUUGCCUUCGCGCGCCUCCUCCCACGCGGCUCUGGUGGGGCACAGGCAUAGCCAAUGGUACGCCUCCGGGCAAAACCGGCAUCGCGGCGGACGCUCGUCCCUCUCUCGCGUAGCUGUCCGCUCGUGACGUCCUCCUCCUGCUGCAGCUGUCUCCGGACGUUCCCUGGGGCCACCACGGUCUGUUGUCUUGUGCGGUCCUGCGCCGUCGGCGUAGCUCACCACGGCCAUGUCACUGUCCGUGACCUCUGUGACGGUUACCCCCCGCGGCCCCGAGCGGGCACGGGGAGCUCUCGCGCCCCUGAGUGCCGUCCUCCACUGCGACAUGUCACGUUCGAUCACGCGGGCGAGGGCCACGAACUCCUCCGUGUCAUGACCAGCGGCCGUUCUCAUGAAGGGGCGGAACUCUGGUAGCAAUUGUUCGACAAUGGUUGGCAACGCCGCACUCACGUCCCCACUCGUCCCCAAUCGGCGGAACAUGCGUAGCUUCUCGUAAAUGAACUGCUCCGCACUCUCGUCCUCCUCCUGGUUUCGGCAAUAAAAUGUCCGCAAACACAUUGCACGCGCCUGAUCGUUAUCAAACCUAGUCUCGACUUGGCGUACAAAAUGUCCCCACUCGGUAUCAAAACUCCCGGCCAUUGACCACCAGUUUCUUGCCUCGCCGCGGAGCUGUCCCGCCACUCGCGACGCCCACUCUGCCCGUCGCACUUCGUAUAGUUUUAGGAGGUGUUCGCACUCCCGCAAAAACUCCCGCGGGUCCUCGUUGUCUCUCCCCACAAACACUGGCAACUCGAACUGCGUGUUCACGUACCGCACUACCGGCCCCUCCACGUCCGCGGGCCUGUCCCUCUGUCCCCGUUCACAGUCCUUGUCCAUGCUGUCCGUGCCGUUCGCGCACUCGGCCGCGCCGCCGGACCCGCACACUACGUUUUUCACGUCCAUUUUCGCGGAGUCUCCUUCCUCAUGCAUGUCUGUUUCGAAACUUAUUAGAUCGUCUCUCUCUUGUUCCACCUGCUUCCACGCCAUCCUGUCCUCCGGUGCUACUGAUCCGGGAUGGUGAUCACAAUCUGUCCCAGUAAUACAAUCCGAUCCUACCCGGCGCGUUAUCUUCAGUCGGAGAUACCGCUGCGCCGCCGUCUUGUAUUUCUGUCGCCCCCGCGACGCGCUAUCUCGCCGAAACGUCUCGUGUUCGCGCCGUUCCCGCGCCGCGUUAUCUCUCCGAAACGUCUCGUGUUCGCGCCGUUCCCGCGCCGCGUUAUCUUACGCCGAACGUCUCCGGUUCGCGACGUUCCCGCGCUGCGUUAUCUCCCGCCGGCGCGCCGGCGCGACGUCUCGAGUUCGCGCCGCUCCCACGCCGCGCGGCUACACCUGCUUCCGUCCUGCCCUGCACCUGCGCGCUUGCGUGCGCUUGCGUGCGCUUGCGUAUGCUUACAGCCACACUAGUUGGGCGCCAAAUGACGUCUGUCGGCUUUAGGCCCCUGAUUUACCGCUCAUGUAAUUGUCCUGUUAUGCCCGUACUGCUCUCGUCGGAGAGUUGUGGGUCCAGGCCGACGUGGCCGGGACCGGGAAAUGCGGGACCUGGAGGGAGAGUGAGGUGGAGAGGAAUGUUGGUAGGCUGUCGCAAGGAGAACACGGCAUUGACGAUUUCACGAGCCUAUUUUUAUUAACGUCUUAAAGCCUGCCCGCAGCCUGGCGGAACCGUCGCGGAACAAGCGCCCUACCCGCGGCGACCCGGACUCCCUGAAGACCGUACUGUUCGCGAAUACGUUUCAACACGAAUCGAAAAGUUCUCAAUGCAAAACUGACCCCGUUAGAGAUGACACGGUGACGAAGCGCUGUACGUACGCGGCCCGUUACGUAAUGUCCCUUAAGGCGGCGAAGGUUCAGAAACCUGUAAUAACACGUUCGCGCUCCAGAAACUCUCAGCUGGACACGUCUCCCGAAAAACUCGUAAAUCAAGCACGUUGAUGGUUCGCGGAGGCAGCUCAGCUGCCGCGGCAAUCUGUGAACUGAAUGAACGACUAGCCACGAGCGCAAGGUACGCGCCUCGCGGAGCGGCGUACACGUCUGUCUCCGCUCGAGACCAGGACACGACUGACUCUCCCCGCCCGCCCGCGGGCCGCGGGGAGGGGAGGGGAAAUCGGCCGGCGUGGGAGAGGUCCCGUCCCGCGGCGCGCCAGGCUGUGGUUACAUAUUAACACGGCGAAACCCUUCAGAAAAGUUACAGAAUUAUUUAUACAACUUAAACGAGACAUUAAUUAAACAGCGAAUUUACACAAGAAUUAAUAAAUAAAUUAAGUUAUUUACAUACUUUUAAGACCCGUGAUCGUUUGCAAAUAUAUACACACAGAGUUCAGUUACACAGAGAAAAACCUCACUGGCAUGCUAGGGCGCACGCGGGUGCGUCCCUGGCCGUCGCACUUCAUCGAUGUAGCACUGGGGAAACACACUACCUCAGGCCCCCGUCGGUGGCCAGGUACGACCUCUGAACCCGGGAGGCACGACGACUGUCGUCACAACAUUAACCUGGCUUCCUUGCCCCCCCCCCCCCCCCCCCCCCACAAAGGCAGCAGCUCGAGAGCAUAGCUUUAGGGCCUACCAUCAGGUCCAAAAGUGGCUCGGUGUCAAUAAAGAUGCACUCAACUGGGGAUGGAAAAACAGCAAAGUUGGAUUGGUCCCCAUCACUACUGAGAAAGAGGCAGCCCCACUGAAUGUACUCAAGACAAUAUACUGUCAAUGUGAAAAAGGAUGCAAGGGAUCCGGUUGUAGCUGCCGUUAAAUGGGUCUUAACUGCUCCUACAUUUGUGUAGCUUGCAAGGGGCAGUCAUGUGCUAACGCAACAAAUGUAGACACAGCUAAAGCCACUGACUCAGAGCACGAUUCUGCAGCUGAUGUAUUGUCAGGUAAGUCUAUUGCCCAUUUAAUGCUCCUGGUAAUAUUGUUUUAGUUUGUACAGUUAUUUCCACCACAAUAGGUAUCAAUAUUGUUCACUUAUUCAAAUUACCAUUCAUUUACUGUUACUGAUAUAUCAUUAUACUUCUUAUUCAGAUGCUGAAAUCAUGGACCCCAACCAAAUGAAUGACGGUGACGAAACAAGCGACAUUGAACACAGACCUAUCCUGUGCCUGCACUCAACAGUAGCCAUCUUCUUCCAGGCUAGUCGAUCCCCAGAUAUCCACAUCUCACGAUCAAAACCAUCGACAUCUAAACGUAGAACAUUAUCUUCGCUUACAUAUUUCUUCGCAACUGUAAAUAUAGUUAUUUAUUUUUUUGGUCAAUCACAAGCCUCAUUCAUUCCUUUCUAUAACCCGUUUGGCAGUAUGUAUAGGAUUAGGGAGGGGGGGGGGAUGCACAACAACUUCAUAACUGGGAUUUCAGAUUAUCGAGCAUAUCUCAUGUUGAACUAAACGGAUUUUCGCAAUUAAGGUAUCUUUUCAACUUAGAAUGUAAUGCUCUACAACCUUUUUACUGUGGGUUUUGUUGAUCUGAGUAGUGGUUUAGAUAAUAUCUGACUGUAAACAGGCGAGAAAUUAAAAUAUUUACAAAUAUAGAAAACAUUUCUAAUAUUAAAAUGUCGAUUGCGGCCAAACAACUGAACCGAUUUUGACGUUUGUGGUCUUAUUCGACGCAUAAUAAUAUACACUUUAAUUAUGCUUACUGCUAAGUUUAGCCUAAGAUGCAUCGUUUUCGAGUUACGUGUGAAAAACACAAAAAAGUCCGAUAAUUUCACAGUUUUUUCCACCUCCCUCCUUAAGCUCACCAACUGUGAGGGCGAAAACUCAGGAUACUCUAUUUGGAUGCCAACUAAAGGGUUUAAGAUAAUUUCCAGCUUUCCAACAAUUUUUUCCACGUCAGGGGUUUCUAGGGUCUAAUUUCACUGGGCUAAAUAGACUUUAUAGCGUGUCCCGUGAUUUCAACUAAUCGAUAGGGCCUGAUCGUGGAAUAGCAUGAGGCAGUGAUGUACUUUGCGACCGAUUCUUUGGCGAUUUCGAUUAAUCGAUGUGGGCAAAUGAAAGUAAAAUUCUUAUAACGUUCAUGGCGUGCAGUGGUUAUUUCAUUAUUUAAUAGCAUUGGUAAGUGAAAAAACUACUGUUUGUAUUUUUUUCGUAGAUCGUGCCUAUUUUUCUUGAAGAUUAACAUAGAAUUUGAUUUGGGGGUUAAUGAAGUUAAAUAAAAAGUAGCGUAAAACAUUUGUCUUCCUGGUGGACCUGGCUUUUAGGUUAUUGAAUACAAAAACUAAUGUGUUCAGAUUAUUGUUUGCUUAGUCCGUGUUCCAAUAUGUAGCCGUUUCAACAUUUUAAGUGGGUCUACGAUUGAAAAAAAAAAAUUAGAAUUAUAAACUUAAUCUCUACGCCUACGAGUACACGGUUAAGUAUUAUCCCGUUUAUGAUUGAAUUAGUGGUCAUUAAUUCCAGCCAAUAAAAUCGGGCGAGAAUGGGCCAUGUUAUUUAAGCUGAAUUUUAGAAUUUUUAGGUAUUGUUUGCAUUUUGAAGUGUGUUUUCGGUUUGGGAUCGUUGCUGACUGAUAUUUCGUUGAAUGUAAAUUUUUUAUUCAUGAUGAAAUUGGUUAUGUACCUACUCCAAAUACCGGACACAUGGCUAUGAUUGAAAUAAAAAAUUGCAGCAUUUCAAAUCGUAACCUCAAAUUCAUACAUAAAUCAGAAUCUAAUACAUAUACAGUCAAACCUCUCUGAAACGACCCCUCACGGUUCCCAGGAAUAGGGUCGGAAUAGAGGGGGGGUCGUAAUAGAUGUUUUCCGAAAUUUUCAGUUGAUUUCAACCCCCCCCCCCCCCCCCCAACCCCUUUUCCCAAACCGCUACUCGCUAAGAAACCAGCCAUACAAUGGCAGGAUGCUGUCACUCACAAUGCUAGACGGCUGUGCUUUAAACCUUCAUGACAAGUCCGUCGCCCUACAGGCCACCUCUAAAGAAAAUAUGUCAAUAGACAGUUUAUUUUUACUGGUUAGAUUACAUGUACGAUUUCUUGCUUGCCGUAGUUAAAUACACUAGAACCCCGAUGUCACGAACCCCGGAUUUAACGAAGCAGUGAUUUUACGAAUACAUUCUCGAGAACCGUCAAAAAAUUGGACAUUUUGACCAAAAUGUGAAAAUCAGAAGAAAAAAAAUUUAAAACAAAACAAAAUGAAAGAUUAUUAAAAUCUGUUAACUUUAACACACAGCGUAUUUUUUGUGUCGGCUUUAAUAUUUCCAAUAAUGUUCAUGUGAGAAUAACAAAAAAAUAAUGGGACAUUUCCUUUAAAAAUACGGCAGCAGUAGCUUGUGCAACGUAAGUGGGAGCGCGGGAAUAUCGUCUAGACAGGCUGGCGGCAGCACAGGCGGCGGAUGCAUGACGUCAUACGGCUUACCUCUCCUUCCCUUGUCUAGACUUCAAGGUUCAUCCCUCCCAGGCAUACAAACCAUCGUGUCUCUCUCCCCCUCCUACUUCAACGUCCUUUGGCAUGUGAAACUGUCAACAUCCUUCCUCACCUUCACCAAACUGUGUGCGACUAAAGCCAGGUUUGUAUAGUCCAGUUCUGGUAAAAUGAAAAAUUUUUAAGGGCCCCCGCGACAGCCAUUUACCGUUAAUUGUUUUGAUACAAAUUGUUUGUUAGUUACACAACAUUAUUUCUGAAGGAAAAUCACUGAAACUUCAAAAUUUAUUUAAUGGAAAAAUUUAGCAGGGCCGUAAAAGUAUUCAUUUUUGCCGCAAAUGAACUAUACUCGCCCUUCCUGCCGGACAACAUUCUCGGCGCGUGACGCAUGGCAACUACAGUCGUGUGCCGCGCACAGCCACGAAAAACCUACGCAAUUUCCAAACUAUACUAUAUAUCCGACUGGAGUCUGUUUACGAAAAGCAUUUAAGAAUUUGUUAAUGGUUCUUUUGAGAUAAAAUGGCUAAAAGACAUGUUUUCGAAGUUUUAGGUGUAAAAAACCCGUUACAAAUUUCUUGAAAGUAUCAUAGGGAAAUGCAUUACACCUUUAUCUUUAUUUUUCCGCCAUAUAAUGUUAUGGUCACCGCUCAAAUUUCACUGUUAUCUGACGGGAACGAGAUGACUGCGCGCCAGUUCAGAAGCCUUGCACUUAGAGGUUUUACCGCGCUAGAACUACCAUUGAGCGUCGAUCUUAUCAUCCCGCUUCACUAACACACACGCUGACCAGACGGCGCCCUAAAGCUGAUUAGAGGAAGCAUGUAGAAAUGCAAGGCAGGAAAUUUUUCCAGCUUAUCAACCAGGACCCGGGCAAGUCUUGACUAUUAAGCUUUUCACAUUAAAAUAUAAGAGACUUGUAUUGUGUAAUUUCGGUGUUAUUUAGCGGUUUUUCUUAAAAAUCGCUUUUUUCGCAUUUUCCAUAUAAAUUCGCGGAAAAUUUCGCGAUUUCGCGAUUCACCAUAUAAUCGUGGCCCUAGUUAUUGCUCGCGCGAGAGGAGAACGUGGAAUGUUAGAAGAAAGAUAAAUGCGGGGUAGACAGACGGCAGCCAGUGUGUUUCCUGCGCGGGGAAUAAGUGGCGUAGCCUUUUUUUUUAUGCUGGGUGAAGCGACCUUUUUCUAUCAACCCACGGGAAAAAUUAAUUGCUUGAGCUGUCAAAAUAAACAUCGCUGCGGCAGUUAAAACAAGUCGAGGCGGGCGUGCAUCCAGUCGGUCGCUGUGUAUUGUCAACCGAUAGUAAUCAAAAUCAAGAGAAAUCCAGCAGGUAGCUUUGCCUUAACUGCGUACCACACUAGACACUCGCAAUAAGCUAAACGUAAACACGUUGCCACAAAAACCUUUAUCUGCACCCUGCCGACAAAGGGACGUGGAAUGGGGGUUGUUAAGCGCUGACAGCGGUCGACAGGAAGCACUCGGCAAGAGAAACGCAGCAACACGUUACUCACCACAAGAAACUUAUUUUCUGUCUGUUUAUCUUCGGAUUUUCGGCAAUUUUUUCACGGUUCCUCGAAAUCGGGUUGUAAUAGAGAGGUGGUCGCAAUAAAUGGGGUCGCAACAAAAAGGUUUUACUGUAUUUAACUUUAAUAUAUAAAUACUAGUUAAUGUAAUCCUAAUAUAUAUUUCAGACCACCAUGAAAAGUAUUUACAAGUAAACAUAUAUAUUCAUGGAUUGUAAAUUCAUGGAUUGUAGAACAGCAAAAUUUAACCAGAAGCAAUCAGAAUAAUCCAUUUCUGAAAUAUUAAAACAAUGUACAUAAUUAUUCCAAUCAGAGCUUUAUUUUAAUGGUUCGUGCAAUUUUCUUCUCUGUUUCUUAUAAUUUCUUGGCAUGGUGCUAAUAUUUCUGUAUUUCGUACUUCUUUUGUACUAAAUCAUAACCUGUUUUCCCAAUGAAACAUUUUGUGCCAACAACACACAGUGUUCCCUGGUUGGUUGCUACUCAUAACUCUUAAAGAUAAAAAUAUAUGUAUAACCAUUAUUGUCCCGUCGUAACUCCUACACGACAUUCAUGAACCAUUCGACUAGUAGCCUACACAUAGUCAUACCUAUGUUAAGUAAAAGACCAAUUUUAAUUUUUAAUCUUCAACCCACCUUUAUCAAUUAGCUUUUUGUGUUUUGUUGACUUUCAGUUGGAACACCUUGACUUCAAUUUGUCUCUAGGUGUUCCAUUGCAGUGCUUUCUGUUUCUGGUUACCCUUGUUUGCGUUGUGAUACACCAUUAGGUUAGUAUGGAAAGUGGAAAACUACAACAAAUGUGAGAACCAGAUAUGUAAAUGUUUGUAACAAAGCGUGCAAUAAUUUUUAAUUAAUAUGUGCUGAAAAAAUUUGUAUAAUUAUAUGCUACAAAUAAAAUGUGUCAUGGGUCAA